AGCUGUCUCGGUCUCGGUCUCGGUCUCCUCCUACCUUUCAUCCACAAUAAGAGCUAAGCAUGAGAAACAGUCACGCAUAAUCACAGCGUUGGUUAAAUUCUAUACAGGAGAAGAGGCGCCAUGGAUUACACCACUGAACACCAACAACAACACUACCAACAAUACUACCAGCAAUAUCAGUCUCAACCACAAACAGUUGAAGUUUACGAUCCAUCUCAAUCGCAACCCUAUUAUGCUUACGAUUACGAUCAUCAUCAUCAUCAUCAACAAUAUUACUCUUCUCAACAUUACCCCUCCACGUCUUUCUCUCAACAAUUGCAUCAAGAACCCGUCUCCGUUCAUCCUCCCGGGGUUCCAAUCACGCCCGACCCAACCAAUUUCCAGAACCACCAGAAUGCCUAUUAUUCUCAUGAAGUUACUGAUAAUCAAUCCAAUCUCUCACAAUUUUCAGGAACUGCCGGUACGGAUGCGCCCCAGCGGAGCACGCACACCCGGAUUGGCCAAUUUGCGUAUAGAGGUAAUGGUAGAAAUGGUGGCAGAUCUUUUAGAGGGGGUCGUGGUCGAGGGCCUAGAUCAGAUAAUCGGGGACGUGGCCAGGUUGGUGGUAGCUACUUUACAUCACAUGGUGCAGCAUCAAGUUCUGCACCAUCAGCUUCAGUUCAUGGGAAGAUACCAGCAACCAUACCAGCCCAAGUACCUCCAGCUACCUGGCCACCGCCACGUAUGGCAUGGUGUGAACUUUGUAGGGUUGACUGCAAUACACCAGAAAUCCUGGAGCAGCAUAAGAAUGGAAAGCGACAUAAGAAAAAUUUGCAAACACAUGCAGACUUAUUUAAUAAAGUUAUAACACAUCAACAGGAUGUUCAAAUUCCAAGUUCCGGAAGUCAACCAGAACUUACUCAGCCUCAGACAGUUGAGAGAUCCAAGGAAAAACAACCCCCAGAGCAGAGUUUACCCUCCCGAGCUCUCAUUGAUGAUAACAAUAUCAGGACUGAGCUGCAUAAAGAUGCUGUUGAGAAAUGUAAAGAUCACACAGAGGAUUCGUCUGCCGAACCUCAAAGAAAGCCGAGGGAUCAAUUUGAUGGUCAUAAUCAUGGUUUGAAGCGCAAGAGGAGAGGGCGGCGAGGGGUUAAGCAUAUGAGACCUAAUGAAGGGCUCAGACAACCUGUUGAACCUGUCAAACUUAAAGAGGUGAUUCCUUUUGCAUGUGAAUUGUGUAAUGUCAAGUGUGAGUCGCAGGUUGUUUUUGAUAGUCAUUUGGCUGGUAAAAAGCACCUGAUGAAUGUUAAGAGGUUUCAUGGUCACCGGGCUUUGUAUGGAGAAGCAGGGCUACAAGCACUCUACCCACCUAACUUUGAUGCCUCCUCAUCUUCUGGUGCUCCUCAAUUCCAACAUGGUGUUAGUGAUCCACAGGUUGUUCUGGCUCAGCUGCUGACAUAUUUACUUUCUCAAACUCAAGCACCAGGACUGCUAGCUGCACAGUUGCCAGCGCUGCUGGCUGCUCAAGUAUCAGGUGUAGCAGCUACAGUGGCACCGGCACUAGCUCCAGCACCAGCACCAGCACCAGCAUCAAGUCAGGAAGCACAACAUCAACAUAACCCUCAGGCUCAAGGAUCAAUAGCCGAAUCAGAAGUGUGGAUCAAAGAUAAGAUUAUGGCAGAAGCUGAAAGUAAGCCGCAAUCUAUCACUACAGAGUCUGAGGCCCCAGUUGAUGUGAAUGUUGACACCAAAGCAGAGGAUGGAUCUUCCGCAUAGGAAGAGAAGACCCCUAGUAUUUCCAGUGAUAACCAGUUGAUCACAUCAGUUACAAAUGAAGGGCGAGUUCUUUCUGAAACUGCAUCUGAACUGCCGUCAUAUCAAAAUGUGAAACUGCCUGUCAGAUCAUGUCAUCCAGUUAAGACCCGGUGAUGAUUUGGAUAAUUCAGUGGUGAAAGAAGAUCAGGUUCCAGGAUUGGAGAUAAAGGAGGAUCUAGUGGAUUUACAAGGGGAUACCCGCUGCAUAAAAAAGAGCAUACUGUUUAUGAUGGUGUUUGAUCAAGUUUAUGACUGCCAACUACUUAUAUGGAUUUCUCUUUUAUCACUUUCAACCCAUGAUGAUUGAUUAUAGAUUCUUUCACUUUUGGGUAAUGCUAUACAUAAUACUAAUUUAGCUAU